GGCAGGGAAGGGGUGGGGGUGGGUUGAGUGUGCAAUCAUAGACUCUCUGACCAGAUAGUUAGCUGUUAGCUUAGCUAGCUAGAAUCAACGUUAUCUACCUCAAACCGAUUUUUAUUUUUCGAUAUUAUGCGAAAGUAGUUAGUUACUCGAUCAUUUAACAAAUUUCGACCGCAAAAAAGGGAGGACGGUCGAGGAGAAAAGUUUCCAGUAAGUCCAUGACCGACGGAGGGGGAGGCAGCCCCGGCGUCCCUGAGGGCGAUGGGGCCCUCAACGAGGUCCUCGACGAGGCCCCCUCGGGCCUGGCGGACAUCCGGAUGGUGCGCGCGGACCCGGCGCCCUGGGGCUUCCGUCUCAUGGGUGGCCGCGACUACAGCCACCCGCUUACGGUGACUCGCGUCCUGGGCUGCAGCAUCGCCGAGCAUGCCAACCUCAAGGUGGGCGACGUGGUCGUCUGCGUCAACGGCGCGCCCGUCCGCGGCGCCACUCACAGGGAGGCCCAGGAGGCGGUGCGGGCGGCGGGGGACAGCCUCACCCUCAGUGUCAUCAGAGGUUCCAUAGUCAUGCCGCCACCGUUGGACGUCGACGGCGUCCCCCUCAUCCAGCCGCCGCUUGCGCACGAGCCCAUCCCCGUGCCCGAGGGAAGCGAGGCUCCCGUGGACCAGCAGCCUGCGGAAGACCAAGGCCCCGGAGCUGAAGGUGGCCCCGAACCAGAGGACGGCGUAGUCGAGGACGCCUCCGAAGCUGCGCCAGCCGACAGCGAGGCGCAGGGUGACGUCCAGGACGCUGGAGCAGAGGAAGCGGGCGAAGAUGAAGAUGCAGAGGACGAAGAGGAAGAAGAAGAGGACAGUGAUGAGGAGGAAGAUGAGGACGAAGAGGCGAGGAGAGAAAGGCUUGACAAACUAGACGGUAUCAGAUCACCCAGGUCGCGGAUGUCGAGGUCGCCGGGCCCGGACGACAUCCUGCGCAUGCAGGAGAAAGCCCUGGCCCGCAUGGAGAAGGCGCGCGCGCGCAAGGACAGACCCCCCACCGUGUUCCUGCUGCCGCCGGACAGGCCCAUCAUCCGGCAAUCCCGCCAGCCCCGGCCCAGGCCGCCCGACCCACCCUUCAAGAAGCUCGUCCACGAGCGAAUCCGCCGGCGCAAGUGGGCGGAGGACCACCCUGGGGAGGAGUACCCGUUUGCGGACGAUGACGGGCGGACGCCGACGCCCGACUCGGAGAUGACGACGCGCGCCACCAUGACGCCAACGCCGACCUUCUCGGACGGCGUAGACCUGGACAUGACGAGCGAGCUCGUGGACCAGGACGACCUGGGGGCGACGGAGGACGCCGCGAGCUUCGGGGGCAGGAGCGGCAGGAGCUCGGCGCUGCGGGACGACGGCACAGUGUCGCAGGCGUCCAUGAGGCGCACGCCGGACGACGACCUGCAGGAGCGCGAAGAGGAGAAGGAGGAGGAGGAGGAGCCUGAGGUGCUGACGGCGGUGUCCGUCGAGGACACGGAGAGGCGGCUGGAGGAGGUGACGGCUCAGCUGGACGCGCUGCACAACCUGCCGCGCAGCCUGCGGCCCAGCGUGCAGCACAUCCGGGACGAGCUGCAGGAGCUCGUCGACACGCUGCUGGUGCAGCUGGCAGAGCUACGGCGCCGUGAGGAGGAGGAGCGCCUCGCCGAGGAGGCGCGGCUCGCGGCGGAGCGCGAGGCAGCAGAGCGUGCCGAGCGGGAACGCCUGGCAGCGGAGGCGCGCGCCGAGCGCGAGCGGCGGGAGGCCGUCGAGCGCAAGGAGCUAGAGGCCAAGGUCGCCAAGGCCGCCAAGUUCAAGACGGACGUGCCCGAGUUCAUACACGAAAUGGUGGUUUUGGGAAUCGUCCUGGUGGCCGCAUGGUGGACACAGCUACGUCGAUAAGCAAUGUACGUUCCCGCCGCGCCUCGCGCCUCCUCGUGCAGGCGCGGCAAGUAAGCAGGUUGCGGGCCCCGUUGGGGUAGGCC